AUGUCUAUCGAAGAAGUGGAAGUAGAAUCGCGCGAAGAUUCGUGGUUAGGUGAAGUUAGGCAAACGAUUGCGACAGGAAACUGGGAGUCAUUAUCCAGUACGUGGAUAAAAGCAAUUAAAGACGAACUUUGUGUGUACAAUAAUGUUGUGUUACGGGGAACGAAAAUUGUCGUACCUGAAAAGCUAAAGAAGCGAGUAUUAUCAAUAGCGCAUGAGGGACAUCCAGGUAUUGUUGCGAUGAAGGAUAGGCUAAGAAGUAAGGUUUGGUGGGCAGGAAUCGAUAAAGAUGCGGAAAACUUUGUAAAAACGUGUGAGAGCUGCCAAAUAGUGCAAAAGACAGCUAAUAUCUCACCGUUGAAACCAAACGCACUGCCGGAUAGUUCGUGGGAAUGUUUAGCAAUGGAUCUCCUUGGGCCUUUGCCUUCCGGAGAUUUCAUAUUCGUGAUUAUUGAUUAUUACAGUAAGUUCUAUGAAAUAGAGAUAAUGCAAUCAAUUACGUCGGCAGCAAUUAUUGAUAGAUUGAAACAUAUAUUCGCGAGGUAUGGUUAUCCGAAUAGGUUAAUAUCUGAUAACGGAAAACAAUUAGUAAGCAAAGAAAUAAGGGAAUACACGUCUAGGUGCGGUAUUAAACUUGUUCAUGUAGCGCCGUAUUGGCCCCAAGCGAAUGGGGAAGUCGAAAGACAAAAUCGCAGUCUUCUUAAACGCAUAAAAAUUGCACAGCUCGAAUGA